AUGGCUUCCGCCGUCAUGCCCCUAGGUCUCGCUGCUGAGAAAUCGGCACCUGCAUCUGUCCUUCAGACAGCAUCGACCGGCAUCGACAACAUUGGCAUCCGGGACAGCACAAAUGCCCUCAUUCCUUCACCAACGCGUUCUACAUUUGGCGACGAUGUCACGCCAGCUUCGCCAACGUCGCCGACGAUGAGCCACUAUACCAUACAGCAGAAGACGCAAGAAGCGAGCUCUCCGUCGGAGACCAAUACAAACAGCAUCCUCCACAGCCAUCGCAUCAACAACAGCGCCUCCAAGCUGCCCGCUUUCCGUUUUGCCGACCUCAAGAAGGACACACUCGUGCUGCCAUCGCGUCUACAGCGCAUGCCGCCGUCGCCCGUGUCGCUGCCAUCGCUAUCGCCCAGUGCUAAGGCAAACGGUGUGGCCGAGUCCUCGUUCGAUUCCCAGGAACGCAAGGACCAGGAGCGGACGCACAACGCACUUUCCGCUGUAACUGGCGCUACUGGAACCGCCCCGCCUGCGACAACAAAGCGCCGAAACAGCGCUGGCACCAUCAAUGCUGGCCAAGCUGGCAACAGCGCCAAUAGCACAGGCAGGCCAUCCCCCCCCAAAAGCCACACCCAUGCACACUCCCUUUCAGGCCCGCCAUCCCUCCCUGUGCCAACAACAGCACCAGCGACCUCGCGUACCUUAACCCGCCCGAGUCCAGCCACCGAAACUAGCACUCGGUCCCGCGUGUCGUCGUUUCAAAAUACUGUGCCCACGCCUGCGGCGCCCGAUUCGCCCAAAUCGCCCGAAUCGCACCAAAAGGAAACCCAAAGCCAAAACUACGCACCCAAUCCCAAACACUCCUCGUCCUCCUCGUCCUCCACCGCCAUCACCGCUUCUUCCGCCGUCACCGCCGCCACGUCGCCCUCCACAAAGAGCGCCGCCACCACUUCCACGGUGUCGUCGUCGUCCUUAUCGUCGUCCUCCUUUACGGCGCCGACCUUUACGUCGUCGUCCUCUGCGAUUUCGUCGUCUGCCGAAUUGACUCCGCUCGACGACGUCUCUCGCGAUUCCCAGCCAUUUCACGACAACUCCCCGCCAAAGGUCGUUGUUUCGACCCCUUCUCCCAAUACUACCGUAGCCUUCGCUGCCAAUCCCCUGUGUUCGCCAUCGCCCACCCCUGCAUCUUCCAGGUCACCUAGAUCACCCGCUUCUCCCACUUCUCCCGCGACUCGAGAACGUGGAUCGCCCGCGCCCACUUCUCCUGCUGACACGGCAAGACUGCAACGUACCCUCACCGACCCGAGCCCGUCCAAGAAGAAGAGGUCGCAGCACCGCCGUGCGACUGCGUCCUUUGGCUCCAACGACCUCGACUCUGACGGCCUUGCAGCAACGUCCUUCACGAAGCGCUUCCCAGCGAAGGCAGAAUCUCAGGUGGAGAACUCUGCGCCGACGCCGAUUCAAACACCGGCGACAGCCCGCGCCGACAACCGCGCUGCCGACCACGACGACGAUCUUGCGGCCUCAGAAGCCACCGGCGCAGACCCGCUCUCGCCCGAAACGUCCACCCAGGAGUGGGCCAAGGGCCAGCGUGAUCUGGUUUCGACCGGCAAGACCAAGGUCACGGCCAAGACCAAGACCAAGUCGAGCUCUCUCGACAUUGAUACGCAGGAGUCUGCUGUGUCCGAAACGUCAACAACAGCGCUCGCCACGCGACGCUCGCUGCCCCAACAGUCGCUCCAGUCGCUCCAGUCACCGACGCUCCAGUCUGCCGAUGACAAGCGAAAGACGUCCUCGCGCCCUCCGCUCUCGUUCCGUGCGCCCCGCAACGAGGUCCCGACGUCUCGUCCCAUCAUCCCACCCAUCCGAUCCUUCCGCUCUUCCGGCUCGCGCAAGAGUCUUGGCUUACAGGACAUGAACCUUCGCUCGCCGGGCGGCGCCGCCUCCUACGAUGACGUCGACACCGCUGACGGCGGCGUACUUGAUCCCCGCCAGCGCGACCGCACUCUGCGCGCCCUUGAGGGCCGCAACGCGGCCGACGACGACGAUUACUCUACCGGUACUCCGCUUCCACGGCGCACCGAGCCCGAUACCACGGGUGACGUCUUUAUGCGCAUAGCGCGCGAAGACGAUCGUCAGCCCGACGAUCCCAACGCAACUUCCCGUAUAAGUCGCACAACAUCUCAGCGGAGGCCUUUUUCUGCUGCCGUGCCGUCACGCCAAACUACAUCACCGCAAAUCACACGCCGUCUCUCCGAUCAGCGGGAAACUGCCCGCCAACGACGGUAUGCCGACGAGCAAGCGUUGCAGCAACAGCAGCAGCAGCAGCAGCAGCAACUACAGCAACAGGCUGCAGUUGCACGGGACACACCGCUGCGGACUUUGGCCAGCGAGCGGACUACGCCGCUGCGGUCGGCAACAGCAUCACAGCGGCCUGACCCCAUUCGCACACGCACUGUCAUUUCAUCAGCACGACCAUCACCGAGCACGCCUCGAACAUCUGUGUUCUAUGACACGGCGUCUGACGUUGGUACCAACUACUCACGGAGGCGUCCUUCUGUGACGGAACCGAUCAGCAGCGGCACCCCAUUACCACUGCGAACCUCGUCCAUCAAGACCGCCCAUAAUUAUGCCCGCACUUACAACUCCUCGCCACUGGCGCCACGACCCGCCGAUGCGCCACGCCAGGACAUGCACGAUAUUGGCCAUGGCGGCCAGGGUGUUGGUGGUGGCAUGGACAGUACGGAGUCUACUGCUUCGGCCGCGCCGUCGACGGUCUGGGAUGAGCUGGACGACCUCAAGUCGCGUAUGCGGCGGCUCGAGUUGACCGGUAAGAUUCCACCCGCGGCUGGUGCGGCCAUGUCGCGGGCAUCCGACGAGCGGCCGCGCACGGCGACCACGAGUGCUACCACACUCUCAGGCUCACCGAAGCGCGUUGCGACAAAUGGCCAGGCCGCAGACGUUCGAAGCACGACCUCGUCUCAGCUCCAGCAACAACAAUUGCAGCAGCAGCCUCUACAAUCGCCCCAGCAAGUCAGCCCUCCGGUCCUGCUCUCUGCCCUUCGUGGGUUGAAGCCACAUGUGAGCGAUGAGGUCUUCGGCGCCAUUGAGAAUGCUGCGACGGAAGCCUUGGCUCUGACGCAGAUGGUGGGUGUUGCAGGCCAACCCGGCCCGAUUUCGAGCGGCGCGAGUAGUAUUGGGACCAGCAUGCCGUCCACGGUGACGGAUCGACAGCUCCGCCGCAAGGCCGAGAGUAUCUGCCGAAGCCUGACGGAGCUAUGCUUGACGCUCAACGACGAGGCGGCGCAUCGGAAGGCAGCGGCUGCGGCUGCGGCCGCCACAGCCCAGAUUCAAGCGAACCUGCCACCGCCACCGUCACAACGACUCCAGUUGCAGCAAGAGCAACAGCAGCAAUUGCAACAAGACGACCAGCAGCAGCUUCAGCUUCAGCAACAGCAAAAGCAGCAGCAGCAGCAGCAGGACUUGCAGCAACGGCAACAGCAGCUCCAACAACAGCACGAGGACAUCCGCCAGCAUCAGGCGCAGCGGUCCUCACGCGACGACACCAUCACACUCUCGAGCCCGACAACGACAACGAACACGGCCUUUACCAACCUCGCCAACUCGCGGCGCGGCAUGGUUAUGGAACCCGCCGCAACACCCGCAAAGCUGCAAACCAGCCCGCGCGCCCCGACACGCUAUGAGGACCGUCGCACGUCGUUCCUGAACACACCCACACUGCCCUCGCCACGCCUUGCCCUUGGCCCACCCGUGUCGAGUGAAAAUGCAGGCCGCCGCUCGUCCCUCAUGAUUGCGCGCACACGCCGCGCCGCCUCUGAGGAUCCGGAGGACAUGCCACAGUCGACCGGUCGCCGUUCGUCCCUACUGCGGACCCGGCGCGCGGGCACGGAAGAACCCGAGGAGGGCCGCAAGUCGUCUCUGCUGUACCGCUCGCGGCGGACAGUGCCGGUGGCGGACGAUGGCGGUGUUGGUGUUGACGACGAAGUGGACGGCGUACAGCAGGUCCGGUCACCCUCGCGCGCCUUGACCGAUGUGGCGGGCUUGCGGCCGGCGCAGCGCGGACCCCGCGAGUACCACCCUCGGGAGUACCAGCCGCGGGAGUACCCUUCGCGCGACUACGGUGGCCAGAUGCAACAACAGCCGUCGCAGAACGCUCCUACGACCAAUGCAGCUGCCGUAUCGGCCAAUGCCAACGUGGCACAGGCAAACAAUGUCGAAGUCAACAACCAUUCGCCACUGGCAUCGUCGGCUCUCCCGCGCCGCCGUCUCGUCCCUUCCAGCCUCAACUCGCGCCUGGUCACACCUCAGACGACAACAACCGCCAUGACCGCGUCGUCGCCGCUGCUGUCGAGCCGUCGCUUCCUGGAGCGCAGCGCGCAGCAGCAGGAGCGAGACGGUCGUGAUGGCGGCAGCACCGUCGGCACAAGUGGCACUCUGGCCGAUAAGUACGCGGAGGACCGCGGGCAGCGGCAGCUGUCGCUCGGCCAGACGUCGCUGCUGAGCCGCACGACCAGUGUCAGCAGGCGGCGGGAGAGCGCGCUGCCUAACCUGUCCUCGGCCUCGUCCCAGAUCGGUGGAUACCGGUGA